CUUGAAAUAAAAAAAGGCGAGAUUUUUUUUUUUUUGUUUCACCUCUCCUUUUUUCAAAUAAAAAGUUCUUUUCGUUCGGUGCACAAUCUCAAAAAACACUUCAUGGGUUUCGAAUCUUAGGCUUCACUUCUCUCUCUUCUGUCCAAAAGCAGAAGGCAUUCAAACAUCUGAGAGGUACAAUGGAUUUGGAAUCGGCGUCUCGGAAGAAAAAGCAGCUUCUGCUUCUUUUGGAUCCUCCCAUUAGUUUGGAUAUGGCGAUUCCAAAGGAGUUCCACUCCGAUAAACACGCCGCCGCCGCCGCCGCCGGAGGAGGCGGCGGAGGUCUCUGCCUCCAGCUUCGGGUCCCCAACGUUGGGCAAUCGAUGAAGAGCUUCUUUAAGACUAGAGAAGUUGGAGAGUUUGUCAGUGGGGCAUUAGCUGGUGCAAUGACAAAAGCUGUUCUUGCUCCUUUAGAGACCAUCAGGACUAGAAUGGUUGUUGGAGUUGGAUCUAAACAUAUUGUGGGCAGUUUCAUAGAGAUUAUGGAAGAGAAUGGUUGGCAGGGGCUAUGGGCUGGAAACGCCAUCAACAUGCUCCGCAUAAUCCCUUCUCAGGCAAUUGAGUUCACAACGUUUGAAUGUGUCAAAAGGACAUUAACAACAGCACAAGAAAAAUGGAAAGAAAAUCCAAAGCUCCAGAUUGGUAAUAUUAACAUAGACCUCUCCUUUCAGUGGAUUUCUCCUUUUGCUGUUGGUGGCGCAGCUGCCGGCAUAGUGAGCACACUCGUGUGCCAUCCUCUUGAAGUAAUCAAGGAUCGUUUGACUGUGAAUCGAGAGCUUUACCCCAGCAUUACCCUUGCUUUCAAAAAGAUAUGUAAAGAUGACGGCAUAGGCGGGCUCUAUGCUGGUCUUUCGCCUACACUUAUGGGAAUGCUUCCUUAUAGUACUUGCUAUUAUUUCAUGUACGAGACACUGAAGACUAGUUACUGUAAAGCCAAUAACAAAAAGUCUUUGAACCGUGCAGAACUACUAAUAAUUGGAGCGCUCUCAGGUUUCACUGCGAGCACAAUAAGUUUCCCUCUGGAAGUAGCUCGCAAGCGAUUAAUGGUCGGAUCUCUGCAAGGCAAAUGCCCUCCUCACAUGGUCGCUGCCCUUUCGGAGGUCAUCAAAGAACGAGGCAUCCUCGGCCUCUACAGAGGAUGGGGAGCAAGUUGUUUGAAGGUCAUGCCUUCAUCAGGCAUCACUUGGAUGUUUUAUGAAGCUUGGAAAGAUAUCCUUCUUGUUGAUCGACACAAGAUAUAGCAAACAUUAUGUGAAAGAAUAAACCUUACUGUUUCUGUGUAAUUUUCUUGCUGCUGAUUUUAUUGUGGCAGCAACUGGGCUCUCCAUCCAAGGUAAAAUCUGGAUGUUUGAGGGGAAAGAUUGACAAUUUGUGGUAACUUGGAACUUGUAUGAACAAUUGAGCGGAUAAGAUUGAGAAAACUGAAGAUUAAUAGAGUUAAAUUUUGUUGCGGCUUAA